AUGAGCGCUUUUGAGGUGGCUUGCUGGGAGUACGAGAUAAACAAACAAAAUGGGAAGUUCGGAAUUGAAAUUUUCGGUGGAAUCGACAAGGAUCCUGCUCAAAAUCCGUACUCCAAAAAUGGUGAUAAGGGAGUCUACAUAAUCAAAAUUGAGCCUGGAAGUGCAGCAGAAAUAGGAGGCCUGAAAGUCGGUGAUCAAAUUUACGAGGCCAAUGGAUUCGACUAUACAAUGGUGACGUUUGCGCAAGCGGUACGCAGAAUCCAGCGAAAAGAUACCCUCAGAUUAAAGAUCGGAAGAGCGGAUACCUCUCCCGGAAGCACUACCACGUCCGGCCUUUUGUAA